UCAGGAAGAUGGGCUUGAAUUUGGCGCGAACAUCAGUGUCGUUACGUCUACCAAGUCGUCACUUCCGAUUCCGGACGGUGAAACGCGCGUGACUUCGCGCGGCACAUCGCGACCAGCUGCGCAACUCACUUCAGAGGCCUGCGAGCAACGGAGCGAGGCUGACGCGUGCGUUUGUUGUGUCAAAAGUCGCACGAGUAGACUGAUCGGUACUACGUAUCCUUUUGACGGAUCUUUAAAAGAAGGAACGGGUUCUGAGCGAACGUUAGUCACUCGCCGAGUAAUUCGCCUAUAAAACACCGUCUUCGUCCUCGUCAUCAUCAUCAUCAUCAUCGCCGCCGUUUCCAUGCAUCGUUCAAGCACGCGGCCGAGCACGCGCCGACUCGGAAUGCACCAGGUAUUUAUGUAGUACGGACCAUCGCCGCCUUAGAGUAUCGCACAUUCGCCCGCGCAUCUACGUCUCGUCGAAAAAACGAGAAUCUCCUCGAGGAAGCGCGAACAUCGUCGUCGUCAAGAGGAACAGGAGGAGGAAGAAACGAAACGGUCAAAACGGAAGUAGGACCGUUGUGGCGACGAUGGAUCAGAAACGCGUGUACAAGAUUGUGCUGACUGGAGGACCAUGUGGUGGCAAAACGACCGGACAGACCAGGCUGUGUACCUUCUUCGAGAACAUGGGCUGGAAGGUGUUCCGUGUCCCCGAGACAGCGACCGUGCUGCUCAGUGGCGGCAUCAAGUUUUCAGACCUGAACGCGGAAGAGGGGUUCAAAUUUCAGGAGAAUCUCCUUCGCACGAUGAUACAAAUAGAGAACACGUUCUUUCAAUUAGGUGAAAGCUGCUCGAGAAAUUGCUUGAUCAUUUGUGAUCGCGGCGCAAUGGACGCCUCCGCUUUUAUUUCAAAGGAUAAAUGGGAACUCAUGAUGGCUUCCAACGGAUGGAACAAUGUCGAGCUAAGAGACAACAGGUACAAUCAAAUCAUUCACAUGGUUUCGGCGGCGAAUGGCGCCGAGGAGUUCUAUUCCACGGAAGAUCACGCGUGUCGCUCGGAGGGAGUCGAACUCGCUCGCGAGCUCGACUACAAGGCCGCAGCCUCCUGGAUCGGCCAUCCAUAUUUUGACGUGAUCGACAACUCGCAGGAUUUCGAAAGCAAGAUUUGCCGAAUGAUCGAGUGCGUGUGCCAGAAACUCGGCAUCGAUACAGGUGAUCGGUUGCGUUCCAGUAGUCGCAAGGUCAAGUUCCUCGUGAAAGCACCGCUACCGCCGGACACCGAGUUUCCGGCUUUCCAAGACUUCGAUGUCGUGCACAAUUACCUGCAAAGUAACAAUCCCAAAAUGCAGGCGCGUUUACGCAAACGCGGCCAGAAAGGUCAUUGGUCAUACAUUCAUACGAUUCGUCGACCGAAGAUGUGCGGCCAAGUGAUUGAGGUGAAAACCCAAUUGACCCAUCGAGAUUAUCUAAAUAUGCUGGCUCAGCGCGAUGAUUCGCACUUUACUAUUUUUAAGCGCCGUCGGUGCUUUCUGAUCAACAAUCAGUAUUUCCAGUUGGAUAUAUAUAGAGAGCCGGGGCAUCCCAGAUGUCGAGGCUUGAUGUUACUCGAAACGUAUACAGCGUUGACGGGCGAUGAGCUAAAGAACAUCCUGCCUCAAUUCCUGACAAUCGAGAAAGAAGUCACUAACAACCCGGACUAUAGCAUGUUCAAUCUUAGCUUGCGCGCAGAAUGGAACAGCACUAAUAAAUAUUGUCUCAACAUGCACGGCAUGAUGCAAUUGCCGGAGAAUCAAGAUAUCAAUCUCUCAAAGAGUUUAGCAGAACUACAAAGCAACGGGUUCGACAAAAUGAGCGAUACAUUAAGUUCUAAUUUAAACGUUCAACAAUCAAUCUGUCAAGCAAUUUGCAACAAGAGCAUCAAUGGCGUACAAAAUGGUCUCCCAAAUGGUAAGGCGACGUUUGCUGAACGAUGUAAUAUAAAUGGCGACGGUCGAAAACCGGAAGUUUAUAAUGGCGAUUCGACUACGAAGCUGAAUGAGAGUUUACGAAAACUAAGAGUCGAGUCGCAAGAGAAAAAAUUCGAUAAUAGAUUUUAAUGAUGGGACGCCUGCAAAAAAAGGGCGAAAUUAGGACGCAAGAAAUUCAACAUGCCCCUUGCAAAUAAUUCCGAACUGUAGAAUGGACUUAUCAGUAUCGAUGCAGAUUAUGAGUUAACAGUGUUGGAUAAAUAGCAAUUAUUAGCCUCUGAUAGAACCUCUGAAAUGUCACAGAUAAUAUGUCUAUUUUUUAAUCGGGCUUGCGUGUCGUACUUAAGGAAUUAUCGUGUGAAAGCUUCUACGGCUGGUUUUGUCAACGUCGAUCGAAAUUGGAAUCCGAUGCAUUCCACUAAUCUUUCGCAACAUUUUUUCGAAAACAUGAUGAAGUUUUUGCACGAGUUUCAGAGAAGAUCAAUACUUAAAAGAUCUAUCUGUACUUAAAAGAUUUUUAAAUAAUAGAUUUUUCGCUUUAACAUUUUCUUACGAUUUUAAAAGAUCCCUUCAAACAAAUUCCAGAUGAAAAAAGAAAUGAAAACAUAAAUGAUUGAAAAUAUAUAUAUAUAUAUAUAUAUAUAUAUAUAUAUAUAUAUAUAUAUAUAUCUUCAUCUUUUGUGUGGUCGAAAAAUAAGUUUUAUUGUAAUUUAACUCAUUAUUCACCUCUUUCUAAAUUUAAUUUCAGAAGGAAGUGAAGAAUAAGUUAAACGAGAAUUAAACGACGUUGGUGAAAUGGCCUUGGCAAAUUUUCGAUCGAGUCCCAUUGAACGAGCAAUGUCCAUUCAUGCACCGAGUAUUUGUAUUUCGCUUUACUUUAUAUACUAGUUUACUCUACUCUAUUUUACAUACCAUAUCUCAAAUAUUGUCUAUCAUCUUUUGAAAGCACGAGAGAGCAAUUGUAAUAGAGACAUGCACAUAUUGUAUCACGGCGUUCGAACGCAAAGUAGAAAUCGAUUAUUUCGGACAAUGAUUUUCGUGUCCCAAGGAAUGUUUGAAAAAUUUUCUUAAGACUGUCGUAGAAUUUAUUGGAAAUUUAAGAAGUGUUAAAUGUAUUAUCCUUUAAAUUUUUAUUUAAUGUCAUGCUAAAGAGAAUAUCAAAACAUGUUGAAAAUAAUAUUCUGAUGAAUUGUAGGCUUUUGCGGUAUAUGCGAUCAUAUAGCAAAAGUUCAAAAUAUUCUUUACUAAAUUUCGAAAUGGCAUGAUCCGCAAUGAAAUUCGACUGAACUUUAUCAAGCGAUUUAUGAGCUCCUCUAAGGUAUAUAAUAAUGCGUCGAAGCUUACAGAAAUUUUAAUGAGUUCUCAGAUUUAUCAGAAAGAAAACUAAAUAUUAAGAUAUUUCGCAAAAUUGUUUGGGAUAUUUUAAUUUGCGACAGUUUUGGCGCAAAUUGCUCACAGAUAUAUAUCACAAUUCAAUCAUAUAUACAAUAUGAUAAUUUUAUAUGACGAUCUAUUCUCUAAUUAAGAAUAGAAUUCUGAAUCUCUAAGUAAAGAUUAGCUUGAUGCUUGAUUUAAGCAUAGGAUUGAAAUCCUAUAAUUUUAUAGCAAUGUUAUUCAUAUUGUUCUCGAAGAGUUCCUACAUAUGUAUUUUCUAUAUUUAUUUUUUAUCUUUGUAAAAAGUAUUUUUUGGAAAUUGAGUUUUUUCGAAAUUUUGAUUCUCGCGAGAGAAAUUACGAAAUCUUUUCAAGGAUUAAAAGGGAAAAAGAGAGAGAGAGAGAGACGGUUGUACCUAUGUAUUUCCAAGCUCGCUUUUUUUCUUUUUCAUCAAACCAAAGUGUUACAAUAUUAUUUCUCAUAGGGUGUAUUCUUCCAAUUUUUUGCAAUUUUACAUUCGUGAGUUUAUAUGAUUCGCUUGCAUUUUUUUAACCUGUAAAUAAUUUCAGGUAUCGAAAAGUUCUACAAUCUGAUAACUCACUCGUCAAAGAAAAAAAAAUAAAAUAAAAAGAAUAUGACGAUGAUGUAGAAGAACUCAUUAUUGCAAUUGCGGCGAACUUUUAACGAUCGAAUGUAUCAGUACUUAAUAGGUGCUUGCCCGUAGAAAUAAUUAAGUUAAAUGUACAUAAGGUGGCGCAAUCAUUUUCGUCAAAUCUACUAUUUCUGUGAUUAAUUGUAAUAUGUGUUGUCGAUGUGAUCGUAAAAGAUCUCGCAUAUAUCGAAUAAAAGAUUUGCUAGCAAAACGAAUUGCGAUAAAAAUAAGAAAAGAAUGAUUGUGCGAGAUCUCUGAAUUUUGCUCGUGACCCUAUAAGCCUUUGAUGAUAAAUUUUGCGAUGACGCUUACUUUCAUAUGUGUCGCUCUCGCAUUUUUCAUUAUGACAAAUUAAUCGUUCGCAAAUUUUGCCACUGUUUAGAGACGAAGUGCCUGUGAAAUUCGCGGAAAUAAAAAAAAAAGAGAAAGAAAAAGUAUAUGUAUGUAUGUAUGUAUGUAUAUAUAUAUGUGUGUAUAUAUAUAUAUAUAUAUAUAUAUAUAUAUAUAUAUAUAUAUAUAUAUAUAUAUAUAUAUAUAUAUAUAUGUACAAACGCGAAAGUCUAUUUUCAAUCGAGAGAAUGCAAUAGUGAAUUAUUAUCAACGCGCACUCAGUUUAUAGUAGAUAAUGGGUCUGAAAAAAGCAGAACCUUGUACCCAUGAGCGUCUAAUAAAAAAAAUGUCACGUGCCUAUCGUGUUUUAUCUUUUGCCAUCAUGUGUUAAAUCUGCUCAAGAGAUUCUUUUUCUUUUUCCAAACACGACAAUUUUAUAUAAAUAUUACUCUUAUUUCCUCUCAAUACAAUAUUCGUUAAUAAUUCUUUAACAUUUUAUUUAUUAUCACAACCAGUUAAAGGUAGAAAUAUUGUUUUAUAUGUAAAUAAGUUCACACAAAUGAAGAAUUAAAAAUUCAUAUUUUUAUCAUUCCUCAUUUGUUUAAUCGAAAUAAAUUGAUUGCAAGACUAGCAAUUA